CCAAAUCUCGUUGAGAACAUCUACGAGACGGUUCUUUUGCCGUGGAGAUGAAGAGAAGACUACAGAAAAAAUACAUUAUCUUAAUUUUAGGUUAUUCUGUUGUACUCCUUUUAAUUCCCUAUGUGCUAGAUUACCGGGCUAAAUCGGCUCAGGUUAAACAUGGACUGCAACAGCCAAGGUGUCCCGAUUUGGAAAAUACUAUAGCAUUAUGGAAUAACGGAGAUAAAUCGGGCAACUCCACGGACACGAUAGAGGACGUUGUCAACAGGAGUCAUUCAAAAACACAUAUCUAUCUGCAUGCAACAUGGAGAACGGGGUCUUCGUUUUUGGGGGAACUGUUCAACCAGCACCCAGAUGUAUUCUAUUUAUACGAACCGAUGUGGAAUAUGUGGCAAGCUCUCUACCCAGGAGACGCUGGAAGUCUGCAAGGAGCUGUGCGUGAUAUGAUGAAUUCACUUUUCCGUUGUGAUUUUUCUGUUUUGAAAUUAUACGCUGGCUCAAGCAAUAUUAGCACAUCCUUUAUUUUUGGUUGGAAAACCAACAAAGUGAUCUGUUCCGAGCCUUUGUGUAGCGCGUACAAGAAGCACGAAGUCGGAUUAGUUCAAGGAGAGGUCUGCAGUAAAUGCACGUCGAAGGACAUUAAAGAGCUAGAAAAAGAGUGCAAAAAGUACCCUGUGGUUGUCAUCAAAGACGUGCGGGUUUUGGACUUGGGUGUGCUAGUACCCCUGAUGAGAGACCCAUCUCUGAAUCUCCAAAUCGUCCAGUUGUUCAGAGACCCACGGGCUGUGCACAAUUCUCGACUGAAAUCUAAAUUAGCCUUGGUAAAAGAGAGCAUUCAAGUACUUCGAAGCAAGAAGCAGACCGACAAAUAUAAACGCCUGCUCGUUCCAAACAACAGAGUGAAUCGCGCUGAAAGCUAUGUGGCCAGUGCCAUGGAGCUCAUAUGCGAUAACUGGCUGAAUGACAUGUUGCUCGUUAUGAACGCGCCUCCAUGGGUGAAGAGGAAUUACAUGCAGAUACGCUACGAGGACUUGGUGAUGCACCCCGUAGAGGAGUUGCAGAAGCUAUAUCGGUUCUCUAACCUUACGUCUUCUCCACUAUUAGAGAAGUUUGUGUUGAACAUGACGCAUGGACAGGGAUAUUCCUCUGACAAACCGUUCCUUAUAUCUUCAAGAGACGCCAAAGAGGCCAUCUUCGCCUGGCGAGAACGCUUGAAUGUUGAGCAAAUAAACUAUGUCGAAUCAUACUGUAAUGAAGUCAUGCGCCAGUUAGGCUAUCAGAAAAGAAAUAUGGACAAAACAUAGUCAUUUCUUCUGCGCAGGAGAAUCGAGGAGCUUCACGGACAGGAGCCGCGGGGAGCGGGAGGGGUACGUGGCGGCAGCAGGGCUGGCGAGACGGCCACAGCACUGGGCAAAAGGGGCAGUGGAACACUGGCACAACUAGACCCUGUUCUCUUAAAGUGGGCAUCCUGCCGGCCUGUCAACUCGCAUUUAGAAGAACACAACGAGAGGAUACUUCAUGAAUAGCCUUUGGGCCUGAUAGACAACUGUUUCAUCUUAGAGAAGAACUACAGAGCAAGGGGAAAUGUGAUAGAGA